AGUAGUGUCUCCAUCAUGGAGGGUUUUUUAUGUAUCAUGGCUCCAUCGCAAAUGUACCUCCCCAAGUAUGUACGUACGAGCUUGACGAGGUUGUAUUAGCCAUGGAGAACCUCCAUGUACUCGUAUCCGCCUCCUCCAUGUACCUAAUGAGGCGUGUCCAGCGCCAGCAGGCGUCUCGUCAUGUAAUGCAGUGUACCUCGCUCGACUACAGCUUCGCCGUGAGCUUGUAUGUACUGUACUUUCUUGCUUGCUUCUUUUGAGGGUCUGUAGCUUAGUUUGACUCCGAAUAAGAGUUUGGCACGCAAUAUGGGACCGACGAAAUAGCUUGUAGAUCCCAUCCCCGUCUGAACUACAAAAUGCCAUAUCUCCCCCGUCUUUCGGAACUACUCCGUUCUUCUGUUCUUUCUAUCUUCAUUGACGAAGCUUCUCCCAAGGCUCGGUGGUACUACCUAAAGCUCUUUAACAUAUCUCUUCAGAGUUAGACCCUGAUAGUGUCACUUUUGUCUCUACCACAAUCCGGACAUUGGAAGCUUCAUUCGACCUUUCAUCCAUUAUCUGAAGCUCAUCUGCAUCAAUUUUCCAAUCUGUGCACCAUACUGACCAGAUUGAGUAAUACCUGAUUCGAGAGAAGGAAUAAGAGAUUCUGCAAACCGGUUUUAUUCCUCACAGCCUCCCAUUCACUUGGUGGACCUCUUCCCGGUUUCUCACACGUCACGACUUUCAAUACGCCAAGUUUCAUAGACACAAAGUUUGUGCUAUAAAAUUUGGCCUGCAUUUAAGGAUUCUAUUACAAUUUUAGACAUAUACCCCUCUUCAACAGCAAUCAGUCAUCAUGUCACCCCACAGCGAGGUUUCAUUCAACGGCUCCGAGGCCCCGGUCUCCAACGGUACCACCAACGGUCACAACGGUACAAAUGGCACCAACGGUAUUACUAACGGCCACAACGGUCAUGUCAACGGCAACAGCAACGGAAACGGAGCUGCUCCUGUUGCCCGCCAUGGACCCCGAGUUCACAAGGAGAGAUCUCCGUAUCUCGAGUCCGCUCCUGCGGAUUCUGAGUUUGACCUCAUCUGUGCUGGCUUCGGCCCCGCAUCUUUGGCUGUAGCCGUCGCUAUUCACGAUGCCAUCGCCGAGGGCAAGAAGCUUCGCCCUGAUGGCGCAGCUCCCAAGGUCCUUUUCCUGGAGAAGCAGACCAAGUUCGCUUGGCACGCCGGUAUGCUGCUCCCUGGAGCCAAGAUGCAAAUCUCCUUCAUCAAGGAUCUGGCCACUCUUCGCAACCCCCGAUCUGAGUUUACUUUCCUUAACUACCUCCACCGUCAGGGUCGCCUCGUUGACUUUACCAACUUGAGCACUUUCCUCCCUGCCCGUACUGAAUACGAAGACUACCUUCGCUGGUGCUCUUCUUGGUUUGACCAUGUUGUGAGCUACAACAACGAGGUUCUCUCUAUCUCCCCCGAGAGCAAGGAGGCCGGUGCCGUCAAGACUUUCACCGUUCAGGCUCGCAAUGGCAAGACUGGCCAGGUCCAAUCUUUCCGCAGCCGUCACGUCCUUGUUGCUGCUGGUGGCCAGCCUUCGCUCCCCAAGAGCCUCCCUGCUAAGCACCCUCGUGUCCUGCACUCUUCUCAAUUCGCCAACUACGCCCCUCAGAUCCUAGCCAAGCAGAACGCUCCUUACCGCGUUGCUGUUAUCGGUGCUGGCCAGAGUGCCGCCGAGAUCUUCAACAACGUCCAGAACCUGUACCCCAACUCCAAGACCUACCUUAUCAUGCGCCAGGAGUUCCUGCGCCCCAGUGAUGACUCCCCAUUCGUCAACUCCAUCUUCAACCCCGAGUACAUUGACAACCUGUGGCCACGAUCUGUCAGGGCUCGUGAGACUCUUUUGACUGAGGCUCGCGCCACCAACUACGGUGUUGUUCGCCUGGAGCUCAUUGAGCACCUCUUCGAGAAGAUGUAUGACCAGAAGCGUGAGAUCAGCGACGAUGAGACACAGUGGCCCCACAGAAUUCUCGCUGGCCGUGAGAUUGCCAGCGUCGACACCAAGGGUGACGCUCUCGAGAUCAAGGUCCAACGCGUGAACGAUGGUCCUCUCGAUGGCUUCGUCGACCAGGAGACUUUUGAUGUUGAUCUGAUCGUUGCUGCUACCGGUUACAAGCGAAGCGCUCACGUCGACAUGCUCAAGGACGCCUGGACAAUGCUCCCCAAGACCGUAUCGGGACGCAACGAGUCCCCCAAGGGUGUCAACGGCUGGAACGUCGAGACACAAGAUGGCGAGCGUAAGCUGGCAGUCGGAAGGGACUACCGAGUCAAGUUCUCCCCUGGCACUGUUGCCGACGACUCUGGCGUCUGGCUGCAGGGCUGCUGCGAGGGUACUCACGGGGUAAGUGAUCCACCGUGAAUUGUUCAUUCAAUAGAUACUAACAUUGUCUCUAGCUGAGCGACACCCUCCUCUCCGUCCUGGGCACUCGUUCAGGCGAGAUUGUUCAAUCUAUUUUCAAGCAAUAAAUGUUAUGACAGCACGAAUGAAUGGAUACCUACGUUUGUAAUGGGUUUGCAAGGGCAGCGAAAAUAGCUGACUGGACUGAAAAGAGCAGUCUUGCCGCUUAAGUCAUUUUUUAUUUACUAUAUCCUCUGUUAUUUAUUAUCGUCAUCAUCGUUUGCAGUACAUACUGCGAAUUAGCAGACAAAAGUUGGAUUUCAGUUAUCUCUUUUGGUGUUCUGUAGAUUUUGUUAGAACCCCACCAGGGCAUUGAAAAAAUAUUUACAAUUUCCAAUUUCCAUUCUCUGUGUGCCAUGCAUCCAUUGUCACAUCUCAGUAUCGCGGCUAUUCUUGACAGGUCGCAACUCCUCAUUUUGGUAUGUCUCCUUAAGCUUAUUCAAGUUGCCACAUUUCCAACACACUGUUACGGGCCGCUUCUCGGGUACUGCGCCUAAUAUCAAGGGCUUAACACCGCCCGAUAUAAGUCGGCAUCACGCUGCAUGUCGCCCAUUUCACGAACUCCAGUCCAUCGACUGCCCGUUUUGUGUUUUUGAUUUCCAGUGAUACUCCCUCGUGGGAUAGUUGCCGUAAGAUUCAGUACUCGGGAUGACUUCAUAGUCUUGGCCAACUCUGCACCAAGUGUUAUUGUUGACCGUUAAACGUAGUAUCUCCGUUACACCAAACGGAGUGAGCCUCUGGAAUUGGCAAUAACGAUGGGAAUCGCCCGGCCGGCAAUGUCAUCUUUUAGGCAGAGCUAUGAGGACUAUAUGGAAGCGCAUGACAUGCUUGUGCUUGAACGGGCCUCUUACAAUUUGCUCCAGCCAACAGCGAGGCCCCCCAUGCUUUCACUUGAAAUUGACUCGCUGAUGUUGAGUCAUUAUUUCAUAUCUCGGAAAGACCGCUGUAAGAGUUUCACGCUGUCGAGAUGCCAUGCAAAGGCGGGCCGGUCAUCCCAGCAUUUGGCUACACACCCACCUGCUGAGAAACAGAUUCUCUUCCCUUGUGGUCUAUAGUUGCCCACUGAUGCAGGACAGACUAGCAAUGUAAAGAAACUGCAAAGAGUAUGCCAAGAUCUUUUACAACAAGGGUCGUCGUUUUUGGCACGCAUAAAAAGGUCUAAGCAUGGUAGGUAUGCAUCAAAAGCAUAGCCCAACAACAUCACUGCUAUUGACGCUCAACGAGUUCCCCUAUUGAGUUUUGUGCAGGAGGUAAAGAGUUUUGCUUGUGUAAGCAAUCA